CGAGUUUAUGUGCAAGAAUGGUCAAGUCUUUGAAUUUAGCAGGUAAAACCCACGAGACAAUGAACACAUUCUAAGCGUUUCUGAAGCAUAAAAACGGAAAUUAACCUCCACAAUUAAACCAAUUUCCUUCAUUGACACAUUAUCUUCUGUGGCUUUCAUUGUGUAGUUGUGAUUCUGUUUAUCGUUUCGCCAGCGUUAGAAUCAGAAUGGAUAUUUUUGUCCCAAGAUUCUUCGUAGCGUGUUGGUAAAUAUUUAAUCUGGGUUAAUUCAAAGGACUUUCUCUGUGUCUAUGACGUCAUUUAUCGGAAGUGAUCACAUAGGACAAGUUUGCCAAGUUCCUUUUCUUCCUUAUUUGAUGUUUUUAAAGGUAAGUCUUUCUUCUAGUGAUGGUAUGGCUACACAAAGCUUUGUCUAUGGCAAGACGAUAUUUUGGCGGCGAAGAAAGGUUUUAUUUAUAAACAAUGAAUAGUUAUUACAAACAAAGUAAGAUAGACCUGUUCCUAUUAUCAACCUGCAACGAUGGCGCGCGAAAAAGAUGAAGCGAUUCUUUGCCCAGUGAGAAAUGUCUUCCAUUGACAUCUACGGAAGCUUUGAGGAUAUCUGUUUCGUGAAACGUUAAUAUUCUCGACAUAAACAGCCCAAAUGUCUUUUGUUAACGUUUAACCUUGGUGAUAAAUUUCUAUCAUUUGGUCAACAGGUACAAAUUUACGAUAAAUAAACAAUAACCGCGAACAAGAAAAGCCCGUGUGAUGAACAUACGACUUCUUUUCACGUGCCUGACAUUAUGUUUGUCGCAUUCAGGUGAGUUAAAAGUGAUAUUUUUACUUAUAAUGAUAAACGUCGCCAUACACUAGUGGUAGUAUAGCACAAAGUGACUCGAUCAUUAGUCCCACUCAGUAUAUUCUUCUGGUCAAAACAAGCGAAUUGUCUCGUUUGAUCGGAGAUGUCUUGUAGCUUGUGUGGAAAUACAGAAUAUUGAAAAAGCGCGCUUUACUAAUAGUUCACCCAACUGGAGAGUGUUUCUCAAGUAUGGUACAAAUUAAGCCAAAUUCUAGCUCAAAGGUUCUUUAUUAUUUUCUAGGAUUUUACUGUAAUAGAUGUUUUUAAGGAUCUGAGGUCUACGAGUGAGUCACUUUAAAAUGCUCCUAUACGAUAUUAGUUGUUAAGCAUCAUUAAUAAGUACUAUUUUGGCGUGAAUGGGCAAAGCUACUCUAGAUGUCUGGAAGUGAGUAAAGACAUCCUUAUUGCAUGAGGCUUGUUAAGAGUGCAAUUGCAUAAAACCUUACAUCAGAUGUAUUUAAAAACGUUUUGUUCUAAAAUAAAUAGUUUGACUGGUCCGAGCGUCAGAUUCAGAGCCGUUGUGUCCGGCGCUACUUUUUAUGCAGCUGAGCCUAACUGACUCGGAAACAGUGUAACAGGUGUUUCCUUCAGAUUCGGCGCAUGUGUGAUUUAACGUAUGAAUUGGGGCCAAUCGCAACCCGCAAAAUGUGCCGAGGAGAGCAAAGAAAUGUACCAAAAAAUUGGGUUGUGUGUGCAAAGCUGUUCAGUGUUUCAAUUAAUAAACCUAUUGUUUUCAAACCUAUUUAUUGCUGUCGCUAUCAUACGAGUUAUUUGGUUCUUCAGUACCUAUUAGGUCGAGGAGGUCACUAACAGGGAUCGUACAAACACACCCACAAUCUUUAGUCUGUGAGCGAAAGACUAUCAAAAAAUGGUCGGGAUCUUUCGGCGUGAUGCAUGGUUUGCGAUAGAAACGCCGAAAAGACUGAACAAUUCUGUGGAUUAUUGCUGGGAAAUGUUUUGUCGAUUGUCAAAUUAAUCGUAGUACUGUGUGUUCGUUCAAUUACAUUUAGGGACCACGUUUCAUAAUAUGUUAAAUUUAUCCAACAGCAUCUUAUUCUUUCCUUUUAAAUCAUUGAUGUUGCCUCUAGUGUUCUCAGCUCCACUUGAAACUACAGAAAAACCUGGAUCAGAACAAGGUAAAUCCUAUGUUUCUUUAGAAUGUUAGUCUUCUGUUUGUACAAAUACAGUCUACAAGUAACUUAACUCACUGCUGCUGUCUAUAAAAAACCACUUUAUAAGAUGAGCUUGCUAUUUUGGCUUUGUCUUUGGACUAUUAUAAGCAGUCAGUCUAUAACAUGCUAAUACAUGCAAGGAUUAAAAUGUAAGCUGUGAAUUGGUCUAAGGGUCGCAAAUGGGAUGAAAAUAUGUCCGUUUUUUAUUCUCAGUGCACAGAGAGGAUUCAAAGUCGGUUAAUCUGGAAAAUAAAGGUAUGUAACGUUGCGUUGGUGAGAUGGGCAGGGAGUGCGUGAUGCCAGCAUAAAAAUAAGUGUGCAUUAAUGCUUAAAGUAAAGUGGGUCUUUUAAAGGAUCGAAUGAGUGGUAAAAUGCGUUAAUGAAUCUGAAAGCUUAAUUCAAUGUUAUAGUGAUUAUUUGCUCAUGAGUGACUAGAUGAAUCAGAUACGUCCUCUUUUGUGCAUGCCUAAUAGUGCUUUGCUAAUGCUGUUUCUUUGAGAUAGGACGUAGCAUUGCUAAAAAACAUUAUAUUAGAGUGGCGAUGACGCUUAAUGACAAUAGACCAUUUUACAGUUGUGUGCUCAGUGCCCUGGCCUUUGAAUGGAAGCGAGGCUGGCCGUGACCUUGUUUUGUUACAAACCUUCCAUUUUUUAUGUGCAAAUCGUGGUAUUCUCAUGCUAGCAAGCCCGUGAACAUGAUCAUUUACAUAUGAAAAACACUGAAAGUCUGCAACAAAACAAGGUCACCACCAGCCUCGCUUUCAUUCAAAGGCCAGGGCUCUGCGCACACAACUGUAAAAUGGCCUAUUACGAAAACAAUGGACACAAUACGGGGCACAUACGUUACCUCGGGAUAUGACAUAUACUCCGCUUGAAUCAUUUCGUCGUUUUCCAAUAAAAUAGUUGAGACACUAAAUUGAUCUUUUCCUACAACGAAUACAAGUUUUUAAAGAAGGGAUAAGGCUAGGGUGGUGAAAGAAAUCUCGUACCCAGAUCUCUUGUUCACGAAACCGAAAGCAAAGACUUCGUCAGCAAGAAAUCUCGGUAUGAGAUUUUAUGGUUAAUGUCCAUGCCAAGUCCGACUCUCCAGAAAUCUGUUUGACUACAAUACUCUAGUGUCGUCUUGCUCUACGAAAAUCGUCUAUUGCCGAUAUUUGUAUUAAAAAAAUUUGGAAUAAGAAUACGCAAGCCCGGAUGUACGCUUGACUUGUGUUUAGCAGGAGCAUCUUGACUUCGGUCUCUCAGUGUCUCAACUGUUUUGUCGCCGAUUUUGCAUUUGUAGUAAGAGAGGCUGUACAGAAAGCUGAAUUAGACGCCAGUUUAGCUGCUGAAGAUGCAGUGCGGCACGGACAUAAGGCCGAAGAAAGAGUUAAGAGUAACAAAGGGGCAUCAGAACCGAGUGAGGGAAGCAACGAUCACGUGACUGACAGUGACAAGCCCACUCUACACAUCAGGACGCAUGCGUCAAUAGGCACGAUUUGUUAUAUUGUACUCAUUAACUGGAUUAACAAAUCUAACACAUAACUUAAGCAUGUUGAGUAUAGAUAUAAGACUCUAAGUAAUGACUACAGAACAGAAUAGAUGUAAUCCUAGUGACAUAGCUCCUUUAACCUUGGCUAGUCAGCAUGUCCAUGAGUUUUACAGUCACAAUCAUUUAGAUGAGAACAUUAGUUAUCAUAAAACUUAAAUGUCACAUGUAGAAUUUAUAGAGUGGACGUGAUUUUAACGUGAGCCCUUUCUUCUCCAGGGAAUGAUGAGGAGGAAGGCUCUCACAUAAAGAGAGUGAAAGAACACAAAGUGAAUCGAAAGCCUGGGUUUAGUGACUUCGGAGGGAACAAUAAUGACUACAAAGAGGAUACCAAGCUUGAAGAUCGCCUGGCCAUGGAGGCAGAGGAGGAGAAGAAAUACGAGACAGGAGAAGGGUAUGGCCCUGGUGGCGGAGGCGGAGGAGGAGCUGGCUGGGAAGAUGGAGCAAAGGGCGUCAACUGGGCCACAAAUAUACAGAGACAAGAUGCUGCAGAGGUAACGGAUGUCUUCAAAAUCCGUGUCACGAUUUAUUGGUCUUGCUUAAAAACUCUAAAACACUUUGAAAUCAAAGAAAACCUACUAAAACAGUUUUGUUUAAAAUUACUUUUGUAUUCUCCCUAAAAUAUAACUUUACAUCUUUGACUCUCGAUUACUACGACUGAAUGGAUUCCAGGUUUUCCAAAUUACCUCGACUUGUGCGUGUCAAACAAAAUGACCAAAACUGAUACUUCUUUGCUUUCCAUUUGAGAGCUUAUUAGCUCUGUUUUAGAGAUUCCUAGGGUAGAAAAAGACUUUGAAUAUACUUAGUUUAAUUUCAGCUCAUUUUCACCCGAAAUAUGGAACUCGCAGCGUGAAAUAGCUCUUUCAUAAAAAUGAUAAGAAUUAUUUCAGACAAAGGAUGCUUGCAAUGUUCGCUGCAAUGAUUUCUCCUUCUUAAACCUGCAGAAGCAGAGCAUUCAAGCCCAGGUCGCCUCUGAAAGUGCUCAUGAAUUAGAUGAAAUCCAACGUGCAAUCGCAGCUGAGUCACAGUCAUCUCGCGGUUCUGCUUCGAUUGGCAAUGAAGGAGCUUCAGUCGUCGGUGGAGCGCCAUCCACGGUAAUUCUCCUUUGCUCUCCUCCUAGUUCGGAAUUUAAAAUUGUCAGUAUUUUAACAAAUAAAUUUAAAAUUAUUCUGAAAUUUUCAGGAGCAGACAGGAAUGCAACCAAGAAUCACAAAUCCCGAAGGAGGUGGAAGAGGAAUGUCAUUCCUUGGAGGACAGCAAAAAGGAAUUAGUCCAGCAGAGAACCAAGGUGUGAAAAAUGUCUAAUAACAUCUUUAUUACAAGGACGACCUGUUAGAUGAAGUCGAUGCUUAAAGAGUAUGGAUCGGAAGCAGCAAAACAAAAUUCUAACGAAAAAAACCCUGGAGUUCUUUUGCCAUUGAUGAUUUGAGCCACUUUUAGUCAGAGAAGCCUAAUAUGUAAUAUUUAUUCCCCCCAGGAAAUAAUAGUUUCCAAAGUUGUCGGAAAUUUUUAGCCAAUUUUAAACUCGAAAUCAAAUUACGUAACCUUUUUUUAAAAUUAUUAGACGGUUCACAGUCCCCAACUUUUCCUUAAGAUCGUCGAGAUCGAGCGCUUGGCGUUACGGGCAACCAUCCUAGUCUCCAAUGUUCCGAGUCUAGCCAGGGGAAGAGUGUCAAAUCCACUUAGGGGACGGAGGACAGUUUGGGAGGAGGCGAGAAAAAUGGAGGGCGUCUCUGUUUUUCCCGCCUCCUUCCCCACACCGCUAUAAGCCCGACGCCAGCCCCCUCGGUAAAGAUGGCUGCCUGUACCGGUAAGCGCGCGAUCCUGACGAUGUAAUGAAAAAAUAGGGGACUGUUAACUGUGUACUUUUUUGUGAGACAAGUUUUUAUGGUGUAAUGAAUGGGGAUGUCAGUAAAACGUGGGGUCGGGGUCGGGGCCCGGGGCCCGGGGCCCGGGGCCGGGGCCGGGGCCGGGGCCGGGGUCUAUCGUUUUUUUAAGAGAAUACUGUCUUAGGGUUCGUGUUAGUGUUAGUGUUAGGGUUAGGGUUGACACUAACCCUAACCCUAACCCUAACCCUAAAACAGCAUUCUUUGAAAAAAAAAGAUAGGCCCUGACCCCGCCCCGCGCGUUUUACUAACACCCAAUGGAUGGAGCAAUGCAUUCCAUUUCAUCUAACUGGGCGUAUUGUUGCACGUGUCUCUUUUUGCAUGCUUGCAUGACGAUUACACCGGUCACUAAGACGAUUUUCAGGGACUUCUAACGCAACGCUACUUUACUGAACACCAAGCGACUGACUUUGGUCCACCAGGUUUGUCUUACUAAUAUUCUGCAACUGAAACCAUUUUAAAACACUUAAUCUUGUCAAAACGUCGUUUAGAGGCUGAUAAUGCUUCACAAAGGGUCUUCUGCACUUUAACUCCUAAUAACGGUAACAGUAAAAUAAAUUAAUCUACAUUAAAACGUUGUCUGCGCUUGUGUUUUAGUUUGCGAAAACACCAUAUUGAAUUGCAAGAAAGCGGAAUAGUUGGGGUUUGUCGUUAUUUAAUCCCUAGCGGCUACCUCAAGGGUUGUUAUUUCUACCCUGCCCAAUCUUCCGCUGUCGUUAAAUUAAAGAAUGCAACUACGGCGUUAACGAGCUUUUGAAAUAUCGACGGCCAAGGAAUAUUAAUAACAACCAGGGCUCCUGUCACAAUCUUACGGGUGCGAUAUUCUGUGUUACCAGAGAAUGUGUGGUAACAUUGGUUAACAAGCAGUCUUCAAGUAAUUUACCAUUUUUUGGGUAGGGAUGAAUUGCACAGCGAAACCUACUAUUAUCAGACUAGAUUGUCGCUCAUCAUAUUUCUCUUUUUCGUUAGUCGUUUCAUAAUAAUAACAUUGGCAAAAAUAAAACAUUUGCUCAUUUGGAUUGUAUAUAAACGUCUUGAGGAACAGACAGAAUGACCUUUUUAGAAAAUUAAUUUUGUCCUUUGUACAUAAUUCAACAGAGAUCUCAAACUUUAUUCACCAAGAGGACAAAAUAUCGCCAGCGGAGAUGAGAGGAGCAGCUCAGCAGAGUGACAUAGGAAUGGGAAGUCUCGGAGCCCGGGAAUCCCAGGCGUUAGGAGGCAGUAUGGGAAGCUUUAGAGAAUUAGCAGGACCUCAACAGAUGGGGGGCCAAAGCGAAGGAGCUACUAUGGAGCAGGCUCCGAUUGGGGGAGCAAUCGAUGCUGGAGCCAUGGGCCAAGAUUCCUUGGCGCAGGCUGGAUUAGGAGGUGGCGCCGGAUUGAGUGAAUCGGCCAUCAGCCGAAUGACUGAAGGAUCACUAGGAGGAAAGGCUGGAGAAUCGUAUCAAGGACUUCAAGGAAUGCAAAGCGUUCAAGACAUGCAAGGAAUGCAAGGAAUGCAAGGAAUGCAAAGCAUGUCCUCUGCUCUCACAGGAGGACAACAAGGACAAGGUGGAAUGUUAUCAGAUAGUGGGGGUCUCAGUGCUCUCCAGGGGCAGGGAAUGAUGGGAGCGUCUCUUCAAGGAGGCAUGCAAGGGAUGAUGGCUGACGGUGGAGGACUUGCAGGUCUUCAAAACAUGGGUGGUGGAGGAGAUCUGGGGCAGCAGCAAAUGGCAUUUAAAAAGGCAAGUAUUUUGCACUUAUCCGAUACAUUUUCUCUCUUCUAACCAUUAUUUGCGACUUAAACUCGUCAAAAUGUUGAGCUCUGUCUAAAUUGAUCAAAUUAGUAUAGAGUAUUGCUUAUUGCUUGCCUAAUAAUAUAACCCACACCAUUUGCUCAGCUAGAUGAUGGAAUGCUCAGUCGAGGGAAAUAUUAGGGAGCUUUAGCAUCGACGAUGGCGACGGCAGCAAAAACGUCACUUGUAAAACGAAUCCGCGUUUUUUCAAACUUUGUCGCGUCUAUUCCAAUUCGCUGAAAAUGUCAAAUGAAGGCAAAUUUCCCUAGGGUUGAUUUUUCUGGGGACCGUACUCAAGUUUAAAAAGAGAAAGAAAAAUUCGUCGGCGCUAGUUUACGUCCUCCAUAAAACAGCAAUUAGGCAUGUUCACGUCGUUGUCGUGCAGUGACGGCAACGACGUGUACAGAAAAGCGUGAAGCACGUGUAAAGUUGUCGUUUUGCUUAAUAAGCCUAUUGCUUUUUCGCCGUUCUCGUUGCUAAAGCUCCCUAUUACUAAAAACAACAUAACGUUUUGGCUGGGGAGAUUCAGAGGUCGAUGAGUGUCUGAAGAGUAAAAACGCACCCUUUAACAGGACUUGAUUGACGUUCUAUCCAUGAACAAUCCUCUACUCUGACAAAUCUGAAUCACGAAGGGAUAAUUCAUGACAUGACCAUGCUUUUCAUUUUUGAACGCACUGCUUUCACUAAAACGUAACUUAAGUAUGAUUGUGCUGCGCAUGGCUUUUAGGAUAAACACUAGAUUCUUUGUUCUUCACUAACAUUUGAACCAAUUAACGACUGACGACGUACUUUUAUCCUUAAACAGUCAACAAUAGCAAGACCAAGUGACUCUCAGGUAACACUAUGUCACUUAUUCUUCUGACUGUGGUAGUUAUGAAAAACAUGACAAAUACAAAUGGACUGCUGUUUUAAUAAAAAAAAAGUGUGACUAUAAGUCAUAUAACUAACCAGUAGUAUUAAACCGACGUAAUUGGCCUUUCUUGCGCAGCACCAUCGUCAUCUCUACAUAAACCAUAUUUUUGGCAAUUGAAUGCUAUAAAGGUGAAUUAGUAAUUGACUUGUUAAUGAAAACAGGAACAUUUACAAAAUAUUUGCCAUCACUUAAUUGGAAUAUGAUCAACAGCUUCCUUGGUCAACUAUUCUCGACCGGUUAACAAAUGGAUUUUUGCCGUGUGUGUGCUCAGUUAUGAGCAGUGGAUCACAGAUGAAAUCAGGUUGAAGUAAAAACAAGUAAAGUGCUAACCUUGGGCCAGUGUAUCAUGUACUUAUCUUCUUACCAAAUUUUUAAAAUAAUUACUGCUUUUUCCUUUUAUGUGACCUUUGUUAAUUUUUGUGUUUUUCAGCGGUCAAAGACGCACCAAAAAGACGAGAUUACCACUAAACAUAAAAAAAUAACGAAGGAUAAAAUAACCACAAAAAAGGUUGGUGAUAGCAUCUUUGCAAAGUACCUUUUAAAGAAAGGAAUUAUUUUUAAAAUUUGCCCCAAGGAGCCGAUUGUACUGUUACAACAUACUAGAGACAAGGAAAACCACAAGGCGGAUUUUCUCAUUACUAAGUAGUCUGCGCGCGUAAACCAGCGUCAUUAGAGAGCUUAAGCAGCGACGUUUUGGAGCGACGCACGUCAACCGGAAGUGAGGUAUUUUUCCUCUUAGAAACAUGCCUCUGAUAUAAAAUUUGUAUUCCUUAGCUUCUUUACUGUUAUAAAGGCGAUUUGACUGAAAAUUUUCGCGAAACCACCGUCAAAAAAUUAAAAAAGGCCACUUCCGGUUGACGUGCGUCGCUCAAAAACGUCGUUGCUUAAGCUCCCUAUUUUGACGAGAAAACGUGGUAGUCGUCGUCAUUCUACUACGGUUUCAGCGAGAAUGCUUUUGUGGCGGGAAUAGGUGAACAACGAUUAGAACUUGUAUCAUUUUGUGAUUGGGAGAGAGCUUAACCCCCUGCCAUAAAAAUAACUGUGCUAAUUUUUCUGGUGACAAAAAGAACAAUUAAUCUUUUUUUUUUAGAAUAAGCGAAAAACUUGAAGUCAAAUCUCAUACUCGUAGUUGUCCUCGUCCUCGAGUCUUAAGGUUUUCUAUUACACAGUUGAACUUCUCCACAACAGCCACCUUGGGGUGGCUGUUGUAAAGAGGUUUAAACAAGAAACAAUGUAUGGACUGUCCGCCAAAAAAAGUGGCCAUUGGAGAGAGGUGGUCCUUACUAGAGAUUCCACGGCAUAUCCCUUGGACUCCAGAGAUUUGGGGGUUUGACUUCUCAGACAUCUGAGAAAAAAAAAAAAAAGAAAGUAAACUGGGCAACCUAAUUAGUCAGAAUCGUUGACGUUACUCUAAUCUGCGUUUCUUUCCCUUUUUUUCAGAGUAAACUGGCGAAAAGCCAUCUAAACUCCAAGCACCCAAAGAAGAUGUAAAUCUACUCAACGUUUCAAACCAACAGCAAGUUCAUAUACUUCAAAUAGGUUUCGAGGAGGAAAGCAACAAGUCGAAUAUUAUUGGACUUUUGCAAUACAUGCAUUAUAGUGAUACAGUUUUUUAAACGUGCCUUGUAUAUGGGAGAAUGAAAGCCUCAGUUAAAAAUCACAAAUGUCCUCAUUAAUGCUAAAUUGACCAUAGUACGUCUAGGUCUCAAAUGACGAUCAAAAAUAAAACCUUUUGUAUUUGUUACCGUGACUUUGAGUUAAUAUUAUUGUUAUUAUAGCAUUUACAUAAAAAUAGAUUUUAAAAAUAUUCAGUGCUGAUGUCGUAUUAUUACUGCGA